AUGAGUGAAUCUCAGGCCAUGCUCAACAUCAUGGAUUCGCAGAUAUUGCUGGAUCUGACAAAAGUUGACCAUAUCAUUGGUGCAUAUAGGAGUGUCUAUGAAAGAAGGUCUAUUCCUGCGUUUUAUAGGUUUGACAAACAGAAGAACAAUGCGGAGAAUCUUUUCAUUCUCUCAUCGUUCUUCCUCUAUGAGAGCAUCACUGCUCCAAUCGCACUUGCAUACUCCGAUAUUCUGUUAGAACUGACAGCUAGGGCAAUUACCAAUGAGGAGGUCGAAAAUUAUUGUAUCAGCCAAUUUGAGUUGAAACCAAGACAGAUACCUGGAUCUCUAGUGCUGAGUGCCGUGGCCAAGGCUCAUUCGCCUGACUUAGGAUCUUUGGUUGAAUUUUUUCUCGCUGAAAAGAACUUUUUCCAAAAGUUGGAUACAGAAAUUGCUAAUGAGGAACUCCAGGAGAUCUUGCUUGCAUUUUACAGGCUGUUGAGAACGGAUAGACAGAGAUACCACAGGUUUGUCCAGCCGUCGGUGCUAUACUCAUGCAUGAAUUCCGAAUCGUCAUCCAGCGUGAACAAAUAUCUCUCGAUUCAGAUACUAUACCAAUACUUGAGCUUGUCUGAAGCGGCAAGAAAUACAAUGUUGAAAAACUACUUGGGAAAUCAGUCAUUGAAGAGCCACUAUGAAGGAGAUAGAGACGUGGACUUGUCCUAUUUGAAUUUGUUGGAAGCCAAACGACUGGCAAACAUCACUACCGUUAAAAACACCACCUAUGACGAGCACAAAUGUACUGAAUGGGUGAAUAUCAAACCUGAAGACCUUUCCAGAGGUGUUGCUAUUGUGGGUGAGAUCCUGGUUCCAGAUUUGCCUACUCUAGCAAACCCACACAGAGAGGCUCUCUUCACCACAUCCCAGUUCGUUCCUAUUGCCAAAUCCAGUAGAGCACUCCGGGAGAUUGCACAGUGUAUCAAAACGUGUACUCCAGUCAUGCUGGUGGGUGCUUCUGGAUCAGGAAAGACCUUUUUGGUUAACGAAGCGGCCAGUCUCAUGAAGCUCAAAUCAGAUGACGUGAUUAAAAUUCACUUGAACCAGCAGACUGAUUCGAAGCUCCUGUUAGGAACGUAUUCCUCGGGUUCUCAGCCUGGUAGUUUCGAAUGGAAAAGUGGUAUAUUGACAACUGCUGUGAGAGAAGGCAAAUGGGUUUUUGUGGAGGACAUCGACAAAGCCCCAACCGAAGUGUUGUCGGUCUUGCUUGGACUUCUGGAGAAACGCGAGCUUUUGAUUCCUUCCAGAGGAGAAGUGAUAAGAGCUGCUAAUGGAUUUCAGUUGCUCGCUACUCUUUCGAUUCGCGAAGAUAACGAUAGUGUGCCCGACCUCAUCGGUUCCCGAAUGUGGAAAACUGUCUAUACCGAGCAACUAGAUACUAGCGACUUGUCUCAGAUACUUCUGGCCAAAUUUCCAGUGCUGAGGAAUCUUUUGCCAGUGUUUUUGAAGUGCUUCUUUGAUGUUGAGCACUUCUACACAUCGAAGAAGUUCCUCGCCAUGAAUAGAGGCUCGCAGCCCAGAAACAUAUCCACCAGAGAUCUGAUGAAGUUUUGCAAGAGAUGCGAAAGAAGCUUCCAGAAGUUUGGUUUAGUCUCAAGUGAUGAUCUGAUGCAACAGGAACUGUACGACACAUUGUUCCAGGAGGCUGUGGAUUGUUUCUCCAGUUCCAUUGCCGACCAGACUGCGUUGGAGGCCCUCAUCAAGCAGAUUGGAGAGUCUCUGGAGAUUCCAACUUCAAGAAUCAACUUGCACGUCAACAAACACGUUCCAACGUUCAACAACAGUGAUGACCAUCUGUCGAUUGGCAGGGCCAUUCUUUCCAAGGCAGUGGGCUUUGCCAGCAUAAAGAAGAACUCCAAAAGCUCGGGUUCCUUUGCCAGGACCAACCACUCGCUGAGACUAAUGGAGAAGGUUGGUGUUUCCAUUUCGAUGGUCGAACCUGUGCUAUUGGUUGGAGAAACAGGUACUGGUAAGACUACCGUCGUCCAACAGGUUGCGUCUCUGCUUGGAAAGAAGCUCGUGGUGAUCAACGUUUCUCAGCAGACGGAGGUGAGUGAUUUGCUUGGUGGUUUCAAGCCCGUUACUGCUAAGACAAUUGCUUUACCUGUGCAAGAGGUUUUUGAAGAACUUUUCAAUAGGACUUUCUCUGCUAAAAAGAAUGCUCAGUUUCUGCAACUGCUGUCGAAGUGCUUCAACAAAAGUCAAUGGAAGGCAGUUGGAAGACUCUGGAAAGAGGCCUGCAAGAUGGCCGACUCUCACCUCACCAAACCAGAGAAGGAGGAUUCGGAGGAAGGAGAGGCUCGCAAGAAGAGAAAACUGAAUGAUAACGAUAAAGAACGUUUGCACAAAGAAUGGAGCUCAUUCAAAUCUCAAGUUUCUGACUUCGAGAAAGAGAUGGUAAAUGUGGAAAACUCAUUUGUGUUCAGGUUCGUGGAGGGAUCACUAGUCAAAGCAGUCAGAAACGGAGACUGGUUGCUUCUUGAUGAGAUCAACUUGGCUGCACCGGAAACACUCGAAAGUAUCUCUGACCUUCUUUCUGAGGACAUUCAGCAGAGAAACGUUCUUUUGAGUGAAAAGGGAGACAUAGAGAAGGUUCUUGCUCACCAGGAGUUCAGGAUAUUCGGUUGUAUGAACCCUGCAACGGAUGUUGGCAAAAAAGAGCUUCCUUCAGGAAUUCGUUCGAAGUUCUCAGAGGUGUAUGUCAGCUCCCCGGGUGAUGAUAUUUCAGACCUCCUCAUGAUCAUUGACAAGUACAUUGGUGCCUAUGUUCUCGCAGACGAAUGGUGCGGCAAUGACAUUGCUGAGCUUUACAUUGCAGCCAAGAAGAUGUCAGACGAGAACAGAAUCGUGGAUAGUUCCAACCAGAGGCCUCACUUCAGUAUUCGUACUCUGACUAGAACACUGACAUAUGUUCGGGAUAUCAUCUCGAUCUAUGGACUGCGAAGAUCGCUGUUUGAAGCGUUUUGCAUGUCCUUCCUGACUCUUCUUGAUGCAUCUUCGGAGCAGAUUUUGAAGCCUUUGAUCGAGAAAUAUACCAUUCAGAGGCUCAAGAACGCAAAGUCUGUUUUAUCUCAGAUUCCUCCAGAUCCUUCUUCGCAUGACGCGGAGUUUGUCCAGUUCAAAUACUACUGGAUGAGAAGAGGUCCGCUUACUCCACAACCCCAGGCCCACUAUAUCAUCACUCCUUUUGUUGAGAAAAAUCUGCUCAACUUGGUCAGAGCUUCGAGCAGUCGCAGAUUCCCUGUUCUCAUCCAAGGUCCAACAUCCAGUGGUAAAACAUCGAUGAUUCAUUAUCUUGCCAAAAUUACUGGACACAAGUUUGUUCGUAUCAACAACCACGAGCACACGGAUCUCCAAGAAUACCUUGGAACCUAUGUUUCCGACGAUACUGGUAAACUUGUUUUCAAGGAAGGUAUUUUGGUAGACGCUCUCAGGAAUGGUCAUUGGAUAGUAUUGGAUGAGUUGAAUUUGGCUCCUACCGAUGUCCUGGAAGCACUUAAUCGUUUGCUUGACGAUAACCGUGAGUUAUUCAUUCCUGAGACUCAGGAAAUCAUUCGCCCUCACCCACACUUCAUGCUGUUUGCAACUCAGAACCCCCCCGGAUUGUACGGAGGCAGAAAGGUUUUGUCCAAGGCUUUCAGAAACAGAUUUUUGGAGCUGCACUUUGACGACAUUCCACAAGAUGAACUGGAAGUGAUUUUGAGAGAGCGCUGCCAGAUUGCUCCGACCUAUGCCAAGAAGAUUGUUGCCGUGUACAAAGAGUUGACAGUCCAACGUCAGUCCACCAGACUGUUUGAGGAAAAGAACUCGUUCGCGACCUUGAGAGAUCUGUUCAGAUGGGCAACCAGAGAAGCUGUUGGCUAUGAACAGUUAGCGGCCAAUGGAUAUAUGCUCCUUGCUGAAAGGGUCAGAAAGCCAGAUGAAAAGGCUGUUGUUCAGAAAGCUGUUGAGAAGAUCAUGAAGGUAAAACUUGACAUGGAUGCCUAUUAUUCUCAGCUCGAAGAUCCAAAGGUUCUGAGUGUGGACAGCAACGUUAUCUGGACCAAGGCCAUGAGAAGACUUGCCGUUUUGGUGAAGACGGCCAUGGAGUACAACGAGCCCAUUUUGCUGGUAGGUGAAACUGGCUGUGGUAAGACCACGAUAUGCCAGCUUUUGGCAGACAUCUCUGGCAAAGAGCUUAUCUCAGUGAAUGCGCACCAGAACAUGGAGACUGGGGAUCUUUUGGGUGCUCAGAGACCAAUUCGGAAUAGGACUGAUAUAUUGCGAGACCUUAUAUCAUUGCUGAAAACUCUGCUUGCAAAGAUCGAUCUGACUGACCUUGAGGAGAAUUCUCUGGAUGAACUGCUGAAGCUUUUUGAUCAGAACUCUAGCUCCUUUUCAGACGAAGAGAGAACCAAAGUUCAAGAGAAGAAAGUGCAGACUAAGGCUCUCUUUCAGUGGUCUGACGGACCUUUAAUACAAGCACUGAAAACAGGUUCCUUCUUCCUGCUUGAUGAGAUCUCUCUUGCCGACGACUCCGUCCUUGAAAGACUGAAUUCGGUGCUGGAACCAGAAAGAACUAUUCUUCUUGCCGAAAAAGGAUCUGACGAGGACUCCAUAGUUGCUCGUGAAGAGUUCAAGUUCUUCGCAACCAUGAACCCAGGAGGAGACUACGGAAAGAAAGAGUUGUCGCCAGCUCUAAGAAACCGUUUCACAGAAAUCUGGGUUCCUUCUAUGGAAGACUUUGACGACGUUCGCCAGAUUGUUCAGGCAUCGUUGGUUGAGGGCUCAAGAAACUUGACGAACGCCCUGGUGGACUUUUCAAAAUGGUUCGCCAUGGAGUUUGGUGGAGGAUCCACCUCAAACGGUGUAAUAUCUUUGCGUGACAUUCUCGCAUGGGUCCGUUUCAUCAACUCAACUCAAGACUCGGCGCAGAUUCCACCAGCUGCCUCGCUGCUCCAUGGUGCCUGUAUGGUGUUCAUCGAUGCACUCGGUACCAACAAUACGGCAUAUCUUUCUGAGAACGAAGAACACCUUCGCAAGUUGAAGCUAAAGUGUGUCCACAAACUGUCCGAGUUUGCUGGUGAGGAUCUGAGCGUCUUUUAUGGCGAUCAGCCCAGCGUGACCAUCGAAGAGGGCCGUUUGACAUCUGGAUUCUAUAGUUUCCCAACUAAGGGAGAUAUUGAAGGGAUUGACUCGUUCAACCUCCAGGCCCCAACAACAGCAGGCAACGCCAUGCGUGUCUUGAGAGCGAUGCAAGUGCGCAAGCCCAUUCUACUUGAGGGUAGUCCUGGUGUUGGAAAGACCAGUUUGAUCUCAGCGUUGGCAAAGGCAACCGGUAACCCAUUGACCCGUAUCAACCUGUCGGAGCAAACAGAUCUCAUUGAUCUGUUUGGUUCUGAUGUGCCUGCUGAAGGCGGUGCAGAGGGUGAAUUUGUAUGGAGAGAUGCUCCUUUUCUGAGGGCAAUGCAACGGGGAGAAUGGGUUCUUCUUGAUGAAAUGAAUUUGGCCUCCCAGUCUGUUCUUGAAGGAUUGAACGCUUGUUUGGAUCACCGUGGAGAAGCUUACAUUCCCGAGUUGGAUAGAUCUUUUGUCAGUCACCCCGAGUUCAUGGUAUUUGCGGCUCAAAACCCGCAAUACCAAGGUGGUGGUAGAAAGGGUCUGCCCAAAUCGUUUGUGAAUAGAUUCAGCGUUGUCUACAUUGACAUGCUCACGGGUCUCGACCUGGAGAUGAUCGCCUCUCACCUUUAUCCUAACAUUGAUACCCAGCUUUGCCAACAGAUGAUAUCGUUUGUCUCCAAGCUGGAGAAGCAGGUUGUGAUUGACAAGGCCUGGGGUGCUUCUGGAGGACCAUGGGAGUUCAAUCUGCGUGACACGUUGAGAUGGCUUUCGCUUAUGAGUGCUUCCUCGUUGAAUCCCGUUUCAAGUCCUUCUGACUUCUUCCAAUCCUUGAUAGUGCAGAGAUUCCGCUCCGUUGAGGAUCAGGAACAUGCUUCUGCACUCUUCAAGGAAAUCUUUGUCGAACUUCCUAGCCGUGACCCUUACUUGAAGGUUGGUCAGAAUUUUGUUCAGGCCAACUCCGAGCUCGUGGAAAGAUCACCUUUCAUUCAGUACACCCCGGCCAGAAACCUUCAACCUUUGCAGUGCAACUUUGACUUCUUGGAGACGCUGUUUCGCACUACCAAAAAUGCCUGGCCUCUGAUUCUAGUCGGUCCAUCCGGCUCAGGAAAAUCAGACCUCAUCAAAUAUGCCGCAGGUCUUGUUGGAGCACAGCUCAUAGACUUCCCCAUGAACAACGAGAUCGAUAGCAUGGACUUACUGGGUGGAUACGAGCAGUCCGACAUGUCUCGUGAGGUGUCGGAUCUCUCAAGAGAGUUGUUCCGUGUUACCCGUGAGAUCAUUGCUGAGAAUUUGUGUUCUGAAGAGUCUGAAUUCAACUCCAUGUUGGCUUUGUUACAAGAACUUGACGGUCUUUCACAUGUCAAUGGUGACACAACUUUUUGGGAACUGGACACGACCUACAACAAGAUCAAGGAAAUCGCUUCUUCCAACGAAAGCUUGAAAGCACUUGACAAAUCAUUCAAGACAUUAAAGGCCAAGGCCAGCAAUGGAAAUUCGGCUUUGAGAUUUCAAUGGUUUGACGGUACUCUUUUGAAUGCGGUGGAGAAGGGACAAUGGCUUGUUCUUGAUAAUGCAAACUUAUGCAAUGCUUCUGUGCUGGAUCGUCUCAACUCUUUGUUAGAGACUAACGGUUCGUUACUCAUAAACGAGUGUGACUCCGACAAUGGAAGCGUCAGAAUUGUCAAGCCGCAUCCAAAUUUCAGAUUGUUCCUGACUAUGGAUCCUAAGUAUGGUGAAUUGUCUCGAGCCAUGCGUAACCGUGGUGUGGAAAUGUACAUGGACACUCUUGAUGUCAGGGCGACUGAACAUGACAGAAAGAUUCUGGGACUGAGCGAAGUUUCUCAGAAGGAGUCUGACAUUAUCAUUGAUAUGGCCAGACUUCAUCCAUUCUCUUCAGAAGUGUGUUUGCCUGCUGGUUACCUAAACGGGUUUGACUCUAGAGAUGUUUCAUACUCUUCUCUUCUGGACCUGUCAACUACUCCAUCCUGUCAGCCUGAGAUUAUUGCUUCAAUCGUGUCAUUUGGACAGAUAUCACAACUUGGUGGCUUUGCUGAACUCAAUUCGAGCUCUGCAGAGUUUUCGUCAGUCAACAUCGCCUUCAUGCAGGCCAUUUUGGACCCUAUUGAGACUUUGCAACAGAACGAUCUGGCCCAGCCUUUCUUUCAGCUUUACUCUGAUGCGUUGAACAAGUCUGAGACGUUGAAGAAAGAUGCAGAAACGAUUCUGUACCAAAGCCUCAACCCAUUGGUAAACUCCUAUCUUGUUCCGCUCAUAUCUGAACUAGCUCCAGCAAUCACCUCAUCGGAGCCAUUGUACUUCUACACACUUAUUUCGAGACUCAGCAAGAACAGACGUGAUCUCGAGAGACAUGACAGUCGCUCCAAGGUUGUGAAGUUGUCAGAGUUGACAUUCAUCGAGAGUUCCGCUGCUGUUGCAAACGGCCGUGCCCUAAAGAACAUUCCUAAACUGAAUGUGUUCCGCUUGACCAUGUCUCUUCUCGAGUUUUUAGCCGAACAGGUCAAUCUUUCAACCCGAGAAGGCUCUUUUUUCCAGUCAAAGGGUUUGUACGAGCUUCUUUUCAGAGCACAGAUCAUCUUGAGUGUGAUCAUUGACUCUUCUCAUGUCAAGGACGAAUCCAAGUUGCGUGUUCUGCAAGUUGAGGUUUCCAAAUGGUUGAAAGAACUUGAAAUGGCAUUGCCAGGGAGUUCAGAUGUCAUAGAUAGGUUUUCCAAGGAGCUUUCCAAGUUUUCUGAACCUUUGAAGCUCACCAGAGGUUUCUCUGUUCAAAGAAUUUGGGAAUCGUUCCGUGGUGCUUAUCCAAGCUCAGACCUUGGCUGGUACUAUCAGGAAAAGAUAGCUGUUCUUUCGGCGGAGUUUGAUCUCAUCUCUCAGAAGCAAUUCAAAGAGACUUUUGAGAUGGUCGGCGAUUUGAAGGUGAUGUUAUUGGAGAUCUCAAAAGCAAGCAUUCAUCGCCAGAGCGAUGAUAUCGAUGAGUUACUAGAGAAAAUCGCCAAAGGAAUCGAUGCCCUCAACAAGGUCUCUGAAGGGUUUCUGACUGCAAAGGUUCAUCCAUACAAGGAGGAGUUCUCUAUGAUUAUGAACUUCAUAGAAACAUAUUGUUGCAAGAACAGAUCCUCUAUUUCAACUUCGCCCAAGUUGCUUGAGUUGGCUCACCAGGCCGGAAGGCCAACAUUGUCGCUUACAAGCUUCACUAACUCCGUGCCAUUCAAACCUUAUCCAAGAUUCUUCGAGAAUCUCUGGAAUUUCAAGCAGGAUGAUGCUGGCGUUUGUGGUUUGUUUGGUAACGAAUUUAUGUCCCGUUUGGUUCUCUCAUCGAAGGAUUUGGCUUUGGUUGAAGGAAGAAACCUGGAUCAAGUCUUGAGUGACCUGAAAGAUUUGAGUUCCGCAGUUAUCUUCAAUUCUGGAAGCAUUUUAGUUGACCAAGUUGAGCAAUUCAAGAGUAUUUUGAUCCAAUGGAUGUCUUCUGUGCUGCUGAUUCACUCUGAAGUGUUUGCAUAUGCGGAAGGUAUGGUAUUCCAUCAGCUUGUCUCUCGCCUUGAAGACCCCACUACCAUUUUCCAUGCCACCAAAGAGCUGGGUGCUUUAUUCCAACUGUGUCCAGAUAAGAACCUGUACAACACAUUUUUUGAUUUCAUCCAACCAGCGUUGUUGGAGAUAGCUCAAGCAGACGAUGUGAGGAAGCUCGGUCGUUCAUGGGUAUUGUUUUCUAGUGCUUUACUGCAGCUAUUUGUGCCAAGCUCGUCUUAUGAUCCCGCUGUUUCGGACCACAUGGCCAGACAGUUGUUUGAAACAGAACAGCUCUCCAUUAAAUCCAUGUUCGAGUCUUGGAUUACUGCAAAGAGGUCUUUUAGCGGAGACAAAUCAACUCUUCUUGAGUCCUGUUUGCCCAUAGAGAAAGAGGGAUUCAAUGACGAACUCGAAGUUUUCAGACCUCAUGGAUCAGCAGAUGCUCUUUUCGAAGAGUGGAAUGCGUUUAUGGACUCUACUGCUGGUAUGAUACCAGUGGAAAAACUAUUGAAGGGAGUUGACGAAUUCUCCACAAAUAUCGCGAAAGAACUGGAGAUCUUCCAGAAGAACUCCUCAAGGUUCAUCUUGCGUCUGCAGACUAACUUUGGAAAGUAUGCUGACAUGAAUGAUAUCAUUGCUGGAUACGUGUAUGGUAUGAAACUGGGAUUCUCUUUGAUGACCAGCUUCGCAAACUCCACCUCAUAUGUGAAGGACUUAUGGACCAUCAACCUCAAGAACUUCUUUGACAAUGAGUACACCAUGCACUAUAUUGAUUCAACUAUGGCUGUAGCCAAGGCAUGUGCAGUUGAAGAUGCUUCUGCUGAGAAAUUCUUUCUUCAUCUCAUGAAACUCUACUCUUUCCACAAGGCUCAGGGAACCUUGAGUGAUGAUCUCGAGGUCGCUUACAAGCAAUCCCUGACUGCCCUAUACUAUAGAUGGACUUUGAGAAGACUCAAGGAGGAAGAGAAACAGUCAAUUCACCAAGGCAUCUAUAAGUACGACGACCCUACAGUUGAUGCUGAGAAGGAUUUCAUGAAGAUGUUCCCUGAUUACGAGGACGUUCUCGAUAUUGAUACCGAGGAUACUACCAAAGACUCGUCUUUGGAAACUCUUUUCUUCUCGAUUGCCAAUGUUUAUGUGCAAACAUUUACCGAGUCAGACGAAUACUCUCUGCAAGAAAUUGUAUCUUCUGGCACUGAUUUGUAUGCAGAACUUCAUGGCUCUGAUCUUUUGAGGGAUACCGUUUCGAGUUCGGCUACACUGAUAGUUCCUGUUAUGGAUCAGAUGUUUGCCUCUUUGAACAAAUUUCAGACCGACUCAAGUUCUGAAGGACUCGAUUUCUACCACGGAUUCAGCAUCGCAGAAACCAAACGUGCUGGUUCAAUCGUUAGGAAGCUCGAAACUGCAGUUGAUCGUUUGCUCAAGCAAUGGCCCGAACAUGCAACUUUGCAAAACUUGCUGAGAGUGACCAGGGAAUUCUUGACAUACCCAGUGAAGACUCCACUUCAAAGACUACUGCAAAAGAUUGAGCAGAUCUACACCUUCAUUGCCGAAUGGGAGAAGUACGCCCAUAGCGGGGUGUCCCUCAAAGAACAGUUUGAAGAAUUGGCCCAGCUAAUCAUCUCGUGGAGAAGAUUGGAACUUUCUUGCUGGAAAACCAUCUUUGCCAACGAAGACAAGGCUGUAGAGUUCAAUCUCGGAGCAUGGUGGUUCCAUCUAUUCGAGAACAUCAUUGCCCCAGCACUGGCUGAAGAGCGGUUGGACCAAGAGCAAAGUCUCAAGUUUUUGUCUGCAAUCAAUGUGUUUCUUAGUCAAACCACAUAUGGUGAGUUCAGACAUCGUUUGAAGCUGGUGAAGGCCUUUGCGGCUCACUUGAACCUUUUGGGCAAAUCGAUACUGCACGAUUCUCUAAGAAAUGUGAUCAGUUUCUAUGAGCAGUUCUUGCCCUCUGUCAAAGAAUAUGAAGCUGCUGGAAAGAAAAAGCUGGAACGUGACAUCAACGAGGUAAUCUUACUCGCAAGUUGGAAAGACGUCAAUGUCGACGCUUUGAAACAGAGUGCUCGUCGCUCCCACCAGAGUCUCUUUAAGAUUGUCAGAAAGUACCGUACUUUGUUGAACGAGCAGCUUAAGCCUUUGAUUGAGUCUGGUAUUGCGUUUGAGGCCAAGGUACCUUCAUUUGCCUUCCAAGUCAAUCUCACAAACUAUGUUGAGGUGAACGUCAACUACUCCCUCUGCGAGAAGGUGGAGAGCUGGAAGGAGAGACCUGCCAGACUGCAAAGGUCUGGCGUUGUUGAGAAGAACAUGACCCACUAUGUUGACCGCAUAGCCCAGGAGUUCCUGCCAACAAUUUUGGAAAUGGCCUGGGAUCUUCUGAGUGAGACAGAAAGACUCAGAAAGGAAACGCCCACAGUUGCUACCGAGGACAAUAAGAAGGAAUGUUCUGCUCUGAAGAUCCAGAAAAGCCGUCUUUUCAGUGACACCAUCAAGGAACUAAGAAGAAUAGGUCUCAAGCUUCAUACAACCACAGACAUUCAAUCUGCUCUGUCCAGUGUGAACAAUGUGUUUGUAUCCGCAAAGGCCCUGGAUGACAAGCAUAUUGAAGGCUGUGAUGUGUAUUUCUUCCGGAUGCUUGAUUUGCUGCCACGUCUCAAGGCUGUUGCGAACAAUCCUGCUCAAGAUGCUCCUGUUUCGGACGUUCAAAAGGGACUGGUUGCUUCUGAGAACUUGUUGGUUUCGUUGAUUGCUACCCGUUCAACCUUGCAGACAUUGGCCAACAACCAUCUUGGAUUGAUUAACCUGGUGAAUGAAUACAACACUUUGUACAGCAAAGAUGAACACGCAUCAUUGAUUCCAGUGUCCGUUCACAAUUCAAUGGCUCAAAAGGCAUCGUCGUUGCAAAACUACCAAUCACUGCUUCAAAAGACUCUCGAGUAUCUGAUUGGCUUAGUUGGUAGCUGUGCCAGGUAUGCGUCUAUCAAGGUGGACUCUUCGGUUUUUACAUCCAUUAGUGCAAGAGUUGCCAGAUGGCCUUCUAGUGCUUUCCCGGAAAAUUCAGAGGUAUUCACUGUUGACCAAUUGGACGAGAUCAGAUCUGUCACUGGUGAUAUCGAAAAUUUCAAGGACGAGCUCACUCAGUGGAUAGUGCAAAACGCACCAGUUUCGUUUAUUGGUGAGUCAUUACUGGUGUUCCUCAAGUCGCUCAACUUUGAUGUGUUUUCAAGCACCAGUCUGACCGCAGUAUUCAACCUUUCAGAUCUAGAGCUUUCUCUGAGACAGGUUUGUAUUUCCAUCAUGCUUGCUUUCCAGAAAAUCAUUGCUUUGAAUGAGGAAGAGGAGAUUGACGAAGAGAUGGACCAAUGGCUUGUCAAGACGGGCAAGAGACUUACUCAAUACAGUAAAGCUCUUCGUACUAAGACUAUCAUAGCCAAAUUGACAAAGGCCUUGAAGACCAUGGCAAGCAUUGAGCACAACGAGUCGUCCUCUUUAGUUUCCAAGGCGCUGAUGGCCUCAGCUUUGCCCUUCAUCAGGCACUACCAGAACCUAGUGACUACCGUUUUGAAGAAGAACGCCGAGAAUUACUCGGAAACGGCCUAUGGUACCUAUCUGAUGUCUUCGGUACUGUUCAAUGUAGCCAAGAAUGGCUUCUGUUCCCCUGAAGAAAAACAAACAGAGAAGCAGGAUGACAAUCUUCAUGACGGAACAGGGCUUGGUGAUGGUGAGGGUGCGAACAACGUUUCCAAUGACGUGGAAGAUGACGAAGAGUUGGACGAUUACGCCCAAGAGAAGAACAAGGAGAAAGAUGACAAUGAAGACGGAGACGAAAACGAAGAUGCCGUCGACAUGGAAGGUGAUAUGGCUGGUGAUCUCGAAGACGCUCCUCCAGAAGAUGAAGAAGGAGAAGAGAAUGAAGACGGAGAAGAUGAUCUUGACGAGGAAAUCGACAAUAUAGACGAUACCGAUCCGAAUGCCAUUGACGAGAAGAUGUGGGACGAGGAGUCCAAGGAGUCUAAGGAGAAAGAAUCCGAGCAGAUGCCAGAAGACUCUAAUAGCAACGAAGACGUCCAAGGCAAUGAGGACGAGUCUAAGCAAGAGCAGGAAAACAAUGAUGAUGCAGAUGCUCAAAAGGAUGACGAUGAGGUUGAAAAUGAUGAAGAUGGUGAGGAUGAGGAAGAUGUUGGAGAACAGCAAGACGAAGUCAGAAACGAAGAAGAUGAAAAGCUAGAAGAAAACGUUGACCAAUCUGAGGCGUUGGAGUUGCCUGACGACAUGAAUCUAGAUUCCGAUAACGAUGAAGACGAAAAGGAAGGAGAUGCGAAAGACGAUUUCGAUGAUGGCAUGGAUGUGGAUGAAGAAAACACCGAUCUAAAGGAAGAACCUGCAGAAGAGGAGAAUGUCAAAGAUGAAAACGGAGAAGAGGAAGAUCAAGACAAUGCAGAAGAAGCAGAAGGAGAGGACAUCAUCAGUGAAGGCGAGAAUGCAGAAGAUGACGAAGCUCUUGACAGAGACGAAGAAAUGGAUGCUGGCGAAUCUAAUGUUGUUGAAGAAGAGCAAGAGUCGGAAGGAGAACUUGAUGAUGCCAAAGGAGAAGAAGCCGACGAGAAAGACGAGCAAGAUAAAGAUACCCUAGAGGGUGCAGAUGGUGUCGAAGAUGAAGGAGCGGACGAGGCCAUUGAUGCUGAUGCUGCUGCUCAACAGAAAAGCGGCAAGGAAUCAGAAGGAGCUCAAGCAGACGUUCAAGAAGAGAGUGAAGAUGUUGGUGCUACUGGUGCUGCAACUCAGCAGUCCGAAGAAGAGAUCAAGAACGAGAAUGAUGGCGACAAUUCAAGAGACCAGGCUAAAGAGUCUCUGAAACAACUUGGUGAUGCCAUGAAAGAGUUUCAUCGCCGUCACCAAGAGAUCAAAGAGGCUGGCGAGAUUGACGAUAUGGUUGAUCAGAAGUCUGGAGAAAGGCCAGAUGAGUUCCAACACUUGGAAGGAGAAACUGCUGAAAACCAGACCCAAGCUUUGGGAGCUGCCGAUGAAGACCAGAUCCAACACAUUGAUGACGAAAUGGCCAUCGAUGAGGAAGAAGAAGAGAAAACAAUCAAGAAUGAACCUACCGUCAAAGAAGAAGCUGAGACUGAAGACGUCGAAAUGGAAACAGCUGACCAGGAUAAUGGAGACGGAAACACCGAAUCUGAGGCCAGGGCUGCUACCGUUGGAGACAGAGAGAGGUUUGCAGAGGUCUUUGAGACAGAUGGUGCGUUGAAGGAAGAAGAGGAUAGCGAGAGCGAAUACGAGCUUAUCGGAAAUGACAACUAUGCCAUUACUGAAAAUCCAACCAUCUCGCUGGAAGAAGCUCGUGAUCUCUGGAGACAGAGUGAAAUUGCUUCUCAAGAUCUUGCUGCUGGACUUUCCGAACAGCUUCGUUUGAUUUUGGAGCCUACCUUAGCAACCAAGCUGAGAGGAGACUAUAAGACGGGUAAGAGACUUAACAUGAAAAGGAUCAUCCCUUAUAUUGCCUCGCAAUUCCGCAAGGACAAGAUUUGGCUCAGAAGAACCAAGCCAAGCAAGAGACAAUACCAGAUCAUGAUUGCCGUUGACGAUUCCAAGUCCAUGGCUGAGUCUCAGGUGGUGAAACUGGCCUUUGAUAGUAUCACACUUGUCUCUAAGGCAUUGACUCAGCUUGAAGCUGGUGCUCUUUCUAUCGUUAAAUUUGGCGAAACAGCCCAGGUCUUGCAUCCCUUUGAGAGACCUUUCUCACAAGACUCUGGUCCAAAGGUGUUCCAAUGGUUCGACUUCCAACAGACCCGCACUGAUAUCCGCAACCUUGUGGCUAAGUCGCUUGACAUAUUUGCACAUGCGCGUGCCAGUGGAGACUCCGAACUCUGGCAACUCCAAAUUAUCAUCUCUGAUGGUGUUUGCGAAGACCAUGCCACUAUCCAACGUCUAGUACGUCAAGCCCGUGAAGAGAAGAUCAUGCUUGUGUUUGUCGUUAUGGACGGAAUUAACUCUAACGAGUCCAUCAUGGAUAUGAGCCAGGUUUCUUACGAUCCCGACUCUAACGGUAACAUGACGUUGAAGGUGAACAAGUACCUUGAUACAUUCCCAUUCGAGUUCUAUGUGGUUGUUCACAACAUCAAGGAACUUCCAGAAAUGCUCUCGCUCAUCCUGAGACAGUAUUUCACCGAAUUAGCAUCCACAUGA